AAGAUGACCCAGAGACUGGCACACUCAUGCGGGUGCAGUUUGAUUCAUUCCUGGCAUCUUUGCCAAACUGCGUCAACAGGGACAUGAUUGAUAAGGCAGCAGUUGAAUUUUGUAUGAAUUUCAACACUAAAUCCAAUCGUAAAAAACUGGUCAAAGCCCUCCUUUCUGUGCACAGAACUCGAUAUGACCUUCUUCCAUUUUACUCUCGACUUGUGGCCAUUUUGGAGCCAUGUAUGCCAGAACUGGCAUCAGAUCUUGUGCAGACACUCAAGUCAGACUUCAAGUGGCAUGUGAGGAAAAAGGAUCAGAUUAACAUAGAGACCAAGCUGAAAAUUGUUCGUUUUAUUGGUGAACUUGUUAAGUUUAAGGUGUGUCCAAAAAUUGAAGCCUUACAGUGUCUCAGGAUGCUGAUGUUUGAGUUUCGUCAUCACAACAUUGAGAUGGCCUGUGCCCUCUUGGAAUCAUGUGGCCGCUUUUUGUACAGAUCUCCUGAUUCUCAUUACCGUACCAAGAUUUACCUGGAAGUGAUGAUGAGAAAGAAAUCUGCGACUAAGCUGGAGACGAGAUAUGAGACCAUGAUUGAAAAUGCCUUCUACUACAGCAACCCCCCAGAGGUGCAGGCUGUCGCCCGAAAGGAAAGGCCUCCAGUGCAUGAGUAUAUCCGCAAACUGCUGUACAAAGAUUUAUCCAAAGUUACUGUGGAAAAGGUUCUGAGACAAAUGAGGAAGCUCAAGUGGGACGAUCCAGAGAUUGCUUUUUAUGCAACCAAGUGUCUGACUGCCGUCUGGAACAUUCGAUACAACUCAGUCCACUGUGCAGCGAAUCUUCUAGCAGGAAUCGCUCCUUUCCAUGAACAUGUGGCAAUACAGGUUGUUGAUGGUGUCCUCGAGGACAUUAGGCUGGGAAUGGAGAUCAACCACCCAAAGUAUAACCAGCGGCGUGUCAGUUGCAUGAAGUACCUGGGUGAGCUGUACAACUACCGGAUGGUGGAGUCUUCAGUCAUCUUUAAGAUGCUGUACUCCUUGAUCACAUUUGGUGUAUCACUGGAUGAGAAAGCGGUGAACCCGUUAGACACACCUGAGCACCUGUUUCGCAUAAGGCUGGUCUGUGUGCUUUUGGAGACUUGUGGGCAGUUCUUUGAUAAGGGAUCUAGUAAGAAGAAGCUGGACUGUUUUCUUGUUUAUUUCCAGCGCUACUACUGGUUCAAGAAGAGUCAUCCAGCGUUCGAUGAGAAUCAUCCUUUUCCUAUUGAUGUGGAUAACAUGAUGAGUGAAACUCUGGAGAUAGUCAGGCCUAGACUGAUCCCAUAUAUGUCCUACAAGGAAGCUUGUGAGGCUGCUGAGAGCUUAGAGAAUGAAUACAGAGCUAAAAUUGCCAGUGUUCUUUCCAUGAUUGAUACUGGAGAUGAAGGAAUAGAUGUCGAGGAAGGCAUGGAUGAAGAAGAUGAUGAAGAAAACCUGUGCACUAUUUUGGAAGGAGAAGAGAAUGAAGAGGAUCUGACCCUUUCUGGAGGAGUGACAGAAGGAUCUGGAACUCAGGAUAGUGAAACCAGCCUUAGCGGGGCUGAUGCAGAUGAACGUGAGGGUGAAGGUAAGGAUGGAGAAUCUUCCAGUGAUGAGUAUGAUGACUCCGAUGUGGGAGGGGAUGAAAAUGAUGAGGUGAAAGUCGUUAAGCCGCAGCAGACUGUUAGCAAAGAGGAUGAAGAUUUCAUGGCAGCAUUAGACCAGAUGUUGAACGAUACAAUCCAGGCUAGAACUCAAGAAGCCAUCAAGGUUCCCCAGCUGGACAUAGCACUUCCAACUCAGCUAAAAACUAAAAAGAAGAUCUCAGGGGCAAUAAUUCCAGGACAGGCAGCCAUUGAUAAGGAAGAUGACGACAGGGACAAGAACACAGGGCUCAAGUUUAUGUUGAUGACAAGGAAGGGAAAUAAAUCACAGCUCACAAAUUUUGAAAUCCCAAUGACGGCAGAGUUUGCAACAAAGUUCAAGGAGCGAGAGGAGGCUGAGAGACUGGAGAAGGAGAAGAUGAAACAGAUGGUCUUGAACUUGAAUGAGAGGCAAGAGGAGGAAGAGUACCAAGAAACUCUGGCGAGUUUGAGCCGUACCGCACCGACUAAUGUCAACCGAGAACGGAAAGUCAAGUACCACCACCCGAAAGGAGCCCCAGAUGCUGACCUCAUUUUCGGCAACAAGUGA